GACUAGAGCAAACACAUCCAGAACUAGAGGUGGGCUUUUUUCCCUUCAUUCGAUACGUGACAUGCAUACCAAAAGCACGUAGAAUAUAAUUUCCUUCAUAGACGGUACAGUAGUUUCUUCAAAACUCUCUGAGGCUUCUUAAAUCUAUGGAUUCUGCUUUGUUUCCUCAUCCCUUGUUUUCCCUGCAUGUCUUCACCAGCUCACGAUGGCACCGAUCCUUGGCGGCUUGUCAGAGCACGGGAUUUUACCUAUACAAGCACAGGUUAUUGAAUCAUCCUUGUUUGGGUACUAGGAUUUCUGAAGUUGGUGCCGGAAACCUGUAUGAUGACAGCACUUUGAAGGGGACUGAAAAUGGCUCUCUGUUGGGCUCCUUUGACGAGUCGGCUUCAGCACCAUUUGGGACACUAGACGCUGAAAUUACUCCAGAAACCAUUGAUUUCUUUGUCAGCGAUGCUGAGGGUGACCCUGACUGUCCAUCCGACGGAUACUCUUCGAUUGAGCAGGCGCUUAAUACACUACGCCAAGGAAAGUUUGUGAUUGUUGUAGAUGAUGAAAGUGGAGAUGUUGAAGGAAACCUUAUCAUGGCAGCAACUUUUACAAGUCCCAGGGACGUAGCCUUUAUGGUUAAGCACGGAUCAGGAAUUGUUUCGGUGGGUAUGAAAGAGGAGGAUCUUCAAAGACUGAAGCUUCCUCUAAUGUCGCCAGACACUGAAGAUGAAGACUCUUCUGCCCCCACUUUCACAAUCACAGUGGAUGCAAAAACUGGCACUUCAACUGGAGUAUCAUCUUCGGACAGGGCAAAGACUGUUCAUGCCCUCUCAUCUCCCGAGUCUAAGCCAGAACACUUCCGAAGGCCGGGUCAUGUUUUUCCUCUCAAGUACAGAAAUGGAGGGGUUCUUAGAAGAGCUGGUCACACUGAGGCUUCUGUAGAUUUAGUUUCACUGGCUGGCUUGCGACCAGUUUCCGUUCUUUCUGCUGUUGUUGACGAAGAUGAUGGUUCCAUGGCGUCUUUGCCCAUUUUAAGGAAGUUGGCGUUGGAGCACAGCAUUCCAAUUGUGUCUAUAACUGAUUUAAUUAGGUACAGGAGAAAGAGGGAGAAUUUGGUUGAAAGGACUGCUAUUUCACGUUUGCCCACAAAAUGGGGUCUAUUUCAGGCACACUGCUAUCGCUCAAAGCUAGAUAGAACAGAACAUGUAGCGGUUGUAAAGGGAAACAUUGGCCAUGGAGAAGAUGUUUUAGUAAGGGUUCAUUCAGAGUGUUUAACAGGGGAUAUAUUUGGUUCAGCUCGCUGUGAUUGUGGUAACCAGUUGGAUUUGGCGAUGCAGUUAAUAGAGCAAGCUGGUAGAGGUGUUGUUGUUUACCUUCGAGGUCAUGAAGGAAGAGGAAUAGGCCUAGGUCACAAACUUCGGGCCUAUAAUUUGCAGGAUCAAGGCCAUGACACAGUCCAGGCCAAUAUAGAACUUGGCCUAGCUGUUGAUGCACGCGAGUAUGGCAUUGGUGCCCAGAUUCUAAGAGACAUUGGAGUUCGAACAAUGCGGCUAAUGACCAAUAAUCCGGCCAAGUUCACUGGUCUGAAGGGGUACGGCUUGGCAGUCAUUGGGCGGGUUCCUGUCAUGACGCCUAUUACAGAGGAAAACAAGAAGUACUUGGAAACCAAACGAACCAAGAUGGGUCAUGUUUACGGGUCUGAUAUACAAGGACCAUUAGCCUGAUUCAUCAAUCCAAAUGUAAAUAACCUAGAAGAGCAAACAUGUUCGUUCGUUUACAAACAAAUCAGCCAAUUCUUACGGUACAAAAUAGAGUUACAACAGGUUUUUGGCCUAUUAAUUCAAUUUGUUAA